UCCACUGUGGUCUUGAAUAUUGAGAUUUCUCUUCGCUCUAAAAUGUCUCUUUUUCGGCCGCGAAUCAUAUGAAGGUCUGGUCCAUUACUUCCCUCCUAGUCAGGGGGGUAGGGGGAGAAAGAGACUUCUGAUGUCCCCCACACCCCUGAGAUUUCUGGCCAUUUCCUAAGGUUGCAAAUGUGCACGGCAUUGACAAAUCUUAGUCAAGGCGAUAAACUUCAAGCGGCCACAAGAGUGUGCCUGUGAGGAGCCCGCGGAUUUUUUUUUUUUUUUUUUUUUUCCCCUGCCAAACCAGAAUUAGCCGGUAUAGGAAUGAACCAGCGUGGAGCUCUGAAAUUGCACGGAUUGGAAGAAAGCUCAGGGUAGGCUCAGACCCUUUCAAAUGCACCCUUUUUAAAGGCUACGGGACGGAAGCAUCGAGCCUUAGGCUCCAGAGGUUCACCUGGCCAGACAGCGAGCAGAGGGCGAGUCCCGGAGCCCUGCACCGAGCGCACGGAGCCGGGCGGAGAGCCGAGCCCCAGGCGCCGCAUCUGCAGGAUGCUGGUCGAUAUUGCCACCAAUCCCCACGCCCAGCGGCCUCGGGUUCUCGGAACAGUGCUGCAAGUUCACGGGUGGGGACCAGGAGCCGAGUGAGACGGUAGCCCUGCAGGCUGCGAGCGAAAUCCCAGAAAAUGUAUGCAAGCCAUGAGGAUAUUGGGUAUGACCUUGAAGAUGAUCCCAAGGCUAAGAAGACCCUGAAGCCCCACCCAGACAUCGAUGGCGGGUGGGCCUGGAUGAUGAUCCUUUCUUCCUUCUUUGUGCACAUUCUCAUCAUGGGCUCACAGAUGGCCUUGGGAGUCCUCAACGUGGAGUGGCUUGAAGAGUUCCACCAGAGCCGCGGCCUGACUGCCUGGGUCAGCUCCCUGAGCAUGGGCAUCACCUUGAUCGUGGGACCUUUCAUCGGCUUGUUCAUUAACACCUGUGGGUGCCGCCAGACAGCGAUCAUUGGAGGGCUGGUGAACUCCCUCGGCUGGGUGUUGAGCGCCUACGCGGCCAAUGUGCAAACUCUCUUUGUUACCUUUGGAGUGGCAGCUGGCCUCGGCAGCGGGAUGGCCUACCUGCCUGCAGUGGUUAUGGUGGGAAGGUACUUUCAGAAGAGGCGAGCCCUGGCCCAGGGCCUCAGUACCACAGGAACAGGAUUUGGGACAUUCUUAAUGACCGUUUUGCUGAAAUACCUGUGUGCAGAGUAUGGCUGGAGGAACGCCAUGUUCAUCCAAGGCGCCGUGUCCUUGAACCUCUGUGUUUGUGGAGCGCUCAUGAGGCCCCUCUCUCCUGGGAAGGUAGAAAACUGCCCAAGAGGGGAGGAGCCCUGUGCUGUCCCAGCUUACUCCACUGAAUCUGUGAAAUCAGGACCACUGGGUGUCACUGAAGAACUGGACAGACAGCCUGAGAACGAGGAAAACGUCUGUGACCUUCAAGCACAGGAAUGUCAAGGUCAAACCCGGCCCAGGAAGAACGCGUGUGCUUUCCGGGUUCUGAAGACAGUGAGCCAGCUCACUGUGCAAGUCCGGAAGGGCUUUGGGGACUGGUACUCAGGCUAUUUCGGAACAGCCUCACUCUUCACCAAUCGCAUGUUUGUAGCCUUUGUGUUCUGGGCUCUGUUUGCGUACAGCAGCUUCGUCAUCCCCUUCAUCCACCUGCCAGAAAUUGUCAGCUUGUAUAACCUGUCAGAACAAAACGACGUGUUCCCCCUGACCUCAAUUAUAGCAAUAGUUCACAUCUUCGGGAAGGUGAUCCUGGGGGCGGUGGCUGACCUCCCCUGCAUCAGCGUCUGGAACGUCUUCCUCAUUGCUAAUUUCACCCUUGUCUUCAGCAUCUUCCUUCUGCCAUUGAUGCACACCUAUGCAGGCCUGGCUGUCAUUUGUGCCCUGAUUGGGUUUUCCAGUGGGUAUUUCUCCCUCAUGCCUGUGGUGACGGAGGACCUGGUUGGCACUGAGCACUUGGCUAAUGCCUAUGGCAUCAUCAUCUGUGCCAACGGCAUCUCGGCUUUACUGGGACCACCAUUUGCAGGGUGGAUCUUCGACAUCACACAAAAAUACGAUUUUUCCUUUUAUAUAUGUGGCCUGCUUUACAUGGUAGGAAUACUCUUUUUGCUCAUUCAACCCUGUGUUCAGAUGAUAGAACAAUCCAGAAGAAAGUACACAGACGGUGCACACGUUUAGUGUCGUGCAACAGUUCGUGUGGGUCCUCUCCUCAUGCCUACCUCACCUGGUCGCUAGAGGAAUGCUCUGUGUGGUGGCCGGCCGUGUCACUUUGUAAAUGCCCUUGUCAUUGUUUCAUCUGUAAGCAGCAUGGCCUCUCCUGAGGUGGUAGAAGUGAUUAGAACUGCGUAUGUUUUAGAGAUGAUGUUGCUUAGAGCUUAUUCAAUAGUUGAUACAGAUGCCCUGAUGAAAUCUUUCAAGCCAGGCGUGGUGGUAAAUGCCAGUAAUCCCAGCUCUAGGUGGAGGCAGGAGGAUUGGAGGUUCAAGGUUAGCCUCUCUGCUACCUAGUGAGUUCCAGGCCAGCCUGGGCUACAUGAGAACCUGUCUGGGAAAAAAAAUAGAAAAAAGAAAAGAAAGGAAGGAAGGAAUGAAGAAGAAAGUCCCCACCUAUUUUUCUUCCUCCCUCCCUCUUGGCCUCCCUUCCUUCCUUUCUUCCUCUCCUCUCAGUCCACUGGGACUAGGGUUUUACAUACAAAGACCGGAAAUAAAAGCUUUGCAACGCAACCAUUUCUUUGUAAGGGAAAACUCAAGAGUCUAGAUUUCCACCAAAGGGUUCAGAUAAAUGGGCUUUGAGCAUGAGACCAUGACUGAGUAUCAUGAAUUAAUUCUUUCUUACAAGGAGUUAUUGGUCUGCUAAUAUCAUACAAAGGCAGGCUGUCAUUUCAAAAGUAACAUAAUUAGUGGGCUGGAAAGGUGACUGGGAGGUUAAGAGCACUUGCUGCUCUUGGAAAGGACCAGAGUUCAGCUAUGAGCACCCACAUGUUGGCUCACAACCAGCUGUAGCUCCAGUCCCAGAGGCUCAGGUGCCCUCUUCUGGCCUCUGUGGUCACUGCACACAUGUUGCACACAUACAUGGACUCAGACAAAACACCCAUACACAUAAAAUACGAAAACAAAUCUUUUAUUAAAAAAGUAAGACAAUUUAGUACAGUUAAAAAAACACAGUUUAUAUUUUUAUGAAAGAAUUCUGAAGCUAAGAAGUGCAGUUUCUAACUCUUCAUUUAGGAAAUGAAAUUGGUCAUCCUUCUCACUCAGUUUCUCAUGUCAUAGAAGAUGAGUUCAGUUUAUGAACUCAACACAAAUCCUUCCCAAGUGGUCUAUGAAUAAUGUCCUUAGUGGUAUGUGUGUUUCUUAGUGCACAUGCUAUUGCAUCAAGGGCUACAAUUCAGACUCUUUGAUUCAUACUAUUAUUGUCUUAGAGUGAACACCUUUUUUUUUUUUUUUUUUUUUUAGAGCUGGGCAAUGGUGGCACACUCCUUUAAUUGCAGCACUCAGGAGUCAGAGACAGGCAGGUCUCUGUGAGUUUGAGGCCAGCCUGGUCUAUAGAGAGAGUUCCAGGACAGCCAUGGCUACAUGGUGAAACCCUAUUUUGGUUGUGAGGGGACAAAAACAAAAAAGAAUCAAGCUGUGAGGAUUAUUUUUGGCUUGCCUUGUAGCUUUCCAUGUACCUGACAUUGGGGCAGUGGUGCCAACCAGCCCAGCUCUGGUGCCUCUUGCCAUGUUAUUAUUAUCCACUUGUCUAAACUUGGCACAAUUUUAAAGAUAGUUCUCUUUGUAGGUUUCAUACAUGAAGAUGUCUAAUCUGAGACAUCAUAAAAUCAAAUACUCUUCCUUAGCUGAGAUAUCUAUUUUUCUAAAGCUAAAACGUUUUCAGACUACGGAAUGUUCCUCCCAGGAUCAUUUUGAAAUUUCUGACUGCCUUACUUAUUUAUACAUACCUUUAAUUAAUGACUUAAGUGUGUGUACUGGCUGGUUUGGGGGGGUGUACCUCGGUGAUAAAGAGCACUUGCCUAACAUGUUCAAGACCCUCCCUAGGAUUCACCUUCACACCAUAAAGCAAGAAAUUUGGACUCACAAUUUGCUUAUCAAACAAAACUGCCAGUGUCUUGGGUCAAAUUUACCUAAAACGAAUGCACCCCAGUCUCGGUUAUCUUUGGUAAUUAAAGACAGGAAUGCUAGGAACUGGAGUUGCAGAGUGCUCCCAAGGUCUAACUUUCAGUCAGAAUGCAAGGGGAGCGUCCCAGGCGUUAACAAGUAAUUAAAUGAACAGUUUCCUCGUGCCUCAUCUCCACGGCCUCCUGUCCUAAGAACUAGUGGAAAGGGUUGUGUCGUGAAACCCACCCAGAUAACACCAGUCGUGAGCAGACUGGCCCAUAGAAAGGUGCCCGAAAGGCCCUGCUAAUGCACACCCUUGCUAUUCCCAUCAAUCUAACUUAUCAUCAUUCUAACUUCCCAAUGUGAGCAUUGCCUGGAAGUUAGAUUGAGGAUAAUUUAGAUGCCGUGUUCCAUUUGGCUUAACUCAAAGACAGGUUUGUGUGUUGUUUUGUUUUGUGUGAGACAGGAUUUUACUAUGUAGACCAGGCUGGCCUUGAAAUCUUUAAGACUUGCCUUCCUCUGCCCCUCUGUCUCUACCUCCACCCCUGGCCAAAGACCUGUUUGUUAUCAUCAUACCUAUAGCACAACUUGAUGUUUUAAUAAAGGUAAUAUUAGCCAGGCAUGGUGGUGCAUACUUUUAAUCCCAGCACUUGGGAGGCAGAGGCAGGAAGAGUUCAAGGCUAGCCUGGUCUACAGAGUGAGACUCUGUCUCAAAAAUAAAUAAAUAACAAUCUUUAAAACUGGAACAGUGAUAUUUAUUUUCACGUUAAAUACAUACAAGCACACACAUGCACGUGUGUAUAGAUAUUUACCAUACAAUUAGGAAUGGUUAAGCAUGUUAUGAGUUUUGAAACUACACUACUUCACUGCUCUCAUCGUCUGUAGCGUCAGUUAACGGGAGGCAGUGGUCUGGCUGAUCAGUGUACUGAAUGGUGCUAUGGUCCAUGAUUGAGGAUCCUUGUAUUGUUCGCUGUGCAUCAGAGACACGGACUUUCUGCCCAUUGACCCAGCUAGAACUGCACCCAGGUAGAUUGCUCGCGGUCCUAUUUGUGGAUUUACUUGUACUUGAGGGUGCAGUGGCUUCUACUGAGUCAGAGGUCCCUGCAAAACUGAAGCAAGACCUGCUUGCUAAAACAACAACAACAAAACCCCGACUCCUAUCUCUGCUCUCACCUGCAGUGUUCUGAAGAUACUCUGCUGAUUAAUUGUGUGGUCACAUCGUAUGCUUUCUCGUUUACCCUUUGCAUACCCAAGUGGUGUUUGUUUACCUGUAACUAAAUAAAUGUUGUCCUCUUUAAAGGUGGCCAGUGAGUUUUGUUUUUUGUUUAUUUGGUUGGUUGGGGUUUUUUGUUGUUGUUGUUGUUGUUUUGUUUUUUGUUUGGUUUGUUUUUUUCAAGACAGGGUUUCUCUAUAGCUUUGUAGCCUGUCAGGGGCAAGCAGAUCUCUGUGAGUUUGAGGCCAGCCUGGUCUACGCAGUGAGUUCCCAGAGAGCCAGAGCUGUUACACAGAGAAACCCUGUACCCAAACAAACAAAAACCCCUGCUGCGAAGUGCUGCCUGGCUAUAUUCCCUUCAGAAAGCAGUGGUCCUCUCUUAAGAACUGAUUGGUUUGUUAAAGAGUGGUAACAUCCUCUGAGUAAGGGCUGCCUGCAGAAUGUCUGGGCUCUCUCAACUACCCACCAGCGCCAGAUCAGGGUUGUUUGUGUGAUGGAUGACACCUUGGGCCCACAAGGACAGUGACUGAAUACAGACUCUGUUGGAUGAACUGAGAGAACAGCUGUACUCUCCUGAGGUGCCUCCAAGGCACCUGCACCUCCAAGUACACCCAGCCACCCACAGAUAAUACAGCACAUAAUACAACACCAGGG